AUGAGCUCCGUUCAGGCGGGGGUCGGAUCGUUCGGCCAGACCGAGAUUAACUGGGACAAGUAUGGAAUCCUCUCUCUCUCUCUCUCUCUCUCUCUCUCUCUCUCUCUCUCUCUCUCUCUCUCUCUCUCGCUCGCUCGGUCGCAUAUGCCUAUGCAUUCAUCGUAUGCCAUUUCGCGUCUGAUAACAUGUCUUUCAAUGUUCCCUGAUUCUGUAUUGGUUCUCCAAUCUUGUUACCGGGGUGCUUGUUGUCAUUUAUUCUCUGUUAUCUUGUCUACCCUUGUCCGUCUAAGACAAUCAAAAUGAUCAAAUGUAGGAGUAGAGAUUUUUGGAUUACCCUUGUUCGUCUAUCUGUGUUGAUACUGAAAAUCCUUCAUGACUUUGUUGUUCUCUCUGUUGCAAUAAUAACAUGUGGUAUUUUCCGAUUUGGUAGAUCCUUUUUUGGCAUUUCAUAGGUGGACUAACUACUGUUGUACUUCUAAUAAUUCGUACUCUGUGUUUUGUCUUCCAGUGAUUAAAUAUAUUCAUGUGUUUGUCAUUCUAACGAAGUCAUAUUUCCAACUUCUCUUUCUAAUAAUUUGUAUUUCUCAUUUCACCUUCGUAACAUUGACAAAGAGUUAGAAAUUUCGCCAUCUCAUGGAGUGAUUUUCUCUCCCCUUUAGGUUUUUACUUAUUAACAUCGUCACCAAAUCUUGGUUAGAUAAAUGUGCGACUGUGUUGAUAGUUGACAAUGAUGCUAUCACUGACAUUAGAAAAUUGAAGUCAUGCACAAACAAACACACGCGCACGCGCACACACCAGCUACCCAAUUAUAACACUUACUUCUGAAGAGGCACAGAGAGAGAGAAAGAGAGAGAAAGAGAGAGAAAGAGAGAGAGAGAGAGUUGAUUAUGGAAUGCUGGUGAUCAUUUUUUCCCUUAAACAUUCCCUUUCUUUUUCAGGCUUGAUAAAACCAAAUUUUAUGUCGUGGGAGCUGGCCUUUUCACUGGAGUUACUGUUGCACUCUAUCCCAUUUCUGUUGUAAAGACAAGGAUGCAGGUCGUCUCAAAAGAGGUUGCAGAGAAGAGUGCCGUUUCAAUUAUCAAAAAUAUUCUGAAAACAGAUGGUGUCCCUGGUCUGUAUAGAGGCUUUGGUACUGUCAUCACUGGCGCCAUUCCUGCGAGGAUCAUUUUCCUCACUUCUCUAGAGACCACAAAAGCUGCUUCCUUCAAGUUAAUUGAACCGUUCAAGCUCUCAGACCCAAUUCAGGCAGCAAUAGCAAAUGGUGCAGGUGGCAUGACAGCAUCUCUUCUUUCACAGGCUGUAUUUGUACCCAUCGAUGUGGUAAGGAAAUAACUGGAUUUAUCUACUGGUCAUGAUAUUUUUUAAGUUGUCUCUAUCUCAAGCGCUCGAAAGUAAGUCAACAGUUAAAUUCUUCUAAUGCUUAGAAAAAUAUUUUGCCAACGUUUGCCUUAAAUUUUGUGUGAAAAAAAUUAAAAAGACACCAUUUUAUUGCGUGCAUGCACUGUGUUAUUUUUUAUUAGGUCUUUAACCAGUAGUCGUUGCUCAUUUGUCUUUGUUUUUUCCUAAACAAUAGAUGCUGUGAAUGAGGUUCUGAACCCACGGAGAUUCUCGAUGUUCCGAUUUAAGCAUCAUCUUGCUCUUUCUCCUUUAAAGGAAGUUAGGAAACGAGCUCCCUGAGAAAUAUGGUAGAGUAAGAUGGCAAGAUGAUGCGCUGGUCCCUCACUACCUCUAUUUAGUCCACCAUUAAAUAACUGAAAUGUGAGAGGUUCAUGCAGCACUGAAUACAUCUCACAAGUCUACUAAUAUGUAGGCAAUAUUAAAAAGUAUGCGUGCAGUUCAAGUUUUAGUCAAUAAGCUAUCAUUUCCUUUACAUAUGGCAGCUAUAUUGAGCAACUAUACAUAUAUCUAUAUAUAUAUAUAUAUAUAUAUAUAUAUAUAUCAAAGUUAGAUCAAACAGACUUUGUUUAACUUUGAAAAGAAAGAACCGUAUGUUGACAAGUCAAAAAUCUUGAAGUAUACAUCUGAAAAUUGAAAGUGAAGUGUUGAUGAUUAUGCCUUUGAUCGACCUGCAAACAGCUGCCUCAUGUAAACAUAUUUUCACCAAAUAGAUGGUUCAGUGGAUCAAAUAGUUUACAAGUUCUAUUGCAUAUCUAGUUCAAUCUAGAAAGGAGGGAAUACUUCGUAAAUGGACAUACAUUUCUGCUGUCGUUUUUGCCUCCAAGAGACAUUUGCAUAAUGUCUGUGUGAUUCCAUCGUAUCAUUAUCAAACUGAGAAUAGGAUCAACGAUCUCAGCAAUUUUGAAAAUGUGAUUAUAUGUCAUUCUUGGAAUGUUUCAAAUCAAUUCCUAUCUUAUGUAACAAGGAAUACUGAUUUGUUGAUGCAAGUAAACGAGAAAGGAUUGACAAAUCAAUCUAUAUUUUCGUAUUUCAAAGUUAAAAAGAGAAGUGAGCUUCGGACACUGUCACUUUAGUGAGUACAAAAGGGCAUUUAACUCUUAACCAAAGGAAAAGUAUGUCCACAUUCAUGAUAUAAAAUAAAGUCCCUAGAAUAGAAAAAGAAUCAUAAUUCAUCUCUCAUAUAUCAAUUUCUUGUCUCACAAUUCAUUUUGACUGUUGUCGCUUGAUGGUUUAUGGUGGCACCUACUGUAGUUGGUGUCAGAUUUUCUACAUGCGUCAUCUUAAUUUGGUGUAAUUCAGUUUGAUUUUUUAGUUGCUUGCCAUCCAUCGUGGUCGAUGGCAAGUUCUCUGCACAGAUCACCUUGAUUUGAUUUGAAUAUUUUGUUUCUGAUCAUGAUAAACAUUCAUUAGGUCAGCCAAAAGUUGAUGGUCCAAGGUUACUCUGGCUAUGCAAGCUACAGCGGCGGGCUAGAUGUUGUUCGUAAGGUUGUGAAGGCUGAUGGAAUUCGAGGCUUGUAUAGAGGGUUUGGGUUAUCAGUCUUGGUGUAUUCUCCAUCUAGUGCUGUGUGGUGGGCAAGCUAUGGCUCAAGUCAACGAAUAAUUUGGAGGUAAUAUAUUAUUCACUAAGAGUGUCCUGUGUGGCAGUGUUAAUUUCAUCAUAUUUUGGAGUUCUUCUUCAGCUGACACCUCAAGCGAUUUCUGGGAACCAUCUUUGGUUUUUCUUUACAUUGUAUGUUUUGGACUAUUUUUCAGAUCUUUAUCUUAUUGUCCAUUUAGGCUUGUAAACUGACAUUUUUCUAGGAAAUUAACAGGAUGAGUUUUUAGUGAUGUUGUUCUUCUGUUUACGGUUUUAAGUGUUUUUAUGAUUUCAAUCUUUCAGUUUUUGUUAAUAUUUCUUAGUUAGUUUCUUGGUUCCUUGGACAGCCUCUUGGGCCAUGGUAAUGACCAAGCAUCAUACCGUCCUAGCCAAUGGACGGUAACUGCUGUGCAAGGUGCCGGAGGACUAAUUGCCGGUGCAACGGCUUCCUGCAUUACAACUCCCUUGGACACUAUAAAGACUCGAUUGCAGGUGAUACACAACCUCUUUUUUUAAUGACCAAGUAAUCUUGUUAUCAUAUGUUGUCUUUGUUUCGUGAAUGGUGUAAAUGCAGUCUUUCUCUACACUCUAAACGACUGGAAAGUCAAUAAGAAGAUGUUUACUGCUCAACCUCUCAGAUCAUACUUUGGGUGCUGCAUCUCUUUCGAUUACCGUAUUCAUCAUUGCUGACAGACCUUGCGAUACCUCUAUAAAUAAACAGUGAAAAUUACAGUUUCGAUAAGUCUUGUUCUGCAAUACCCAGUAGUUAUCUGUUACGUCAACAGCUAAUAUGAUGCUGAGAAAAGGAGAGCAGCUUAUGUUAAGAUGUUUUUCCUACGCUACUACAGAGUUUAGAUUAUCUCCAGCUAAAUUUUCCUUGUCUGUAAAAAUUUUCUCCUACAUGUAUAGACAGGUUUCAUUGGGCCUUUUUUGUAAAGAACAUCCAAAAGGAGUCAGUUCUAACUUUUGAAGUCCUAAUUGAGUAAUUGAAUCAUUUUUGAUCUUCCUCAGGUAUUCUACCAUUCGUAUCAAUCUGACCUGUUGGAGUCAAUUCCUAUGAUUUAGAUUCAGUCUUCUGGAGACUGUUUUGUGAUUUGAAUUAUGUUUGUGCAUGAUGCUUGUUGGAAUUGAAACUUUUUUUCUGACGAAGAACUGAUCACUGAUCUUGUUUAUUUAAAUUAAAAAUCUGUAUUAGUUGUUUAUUCACGAUAACUUCUUUGACUGUAGGUAAUGGAGAGCAGAAAUCGAGAAAGUGUAAGAGAUACUGUCAAAAGACUGAUUUCGGAGGAUGGAUGGAAAGGGUUUUAUAGAGGCUUGGGCCCACGUUUUGUCAGCAUGUCUACAUGGGGCACUUCAAUGAUAUUGGCCUACGAAUAUCUGAGUAAGUGCAGGCUUCCAUUGCUGUGAACUCUCCUCUAUAAGCGAUUUAGAGUGCAGUCAUUUAUAUUUGCUUGUAACGAUUGCGUACGACCCUCAUUCUCACUGAUGAAACUGCGUGCAUUGUGCUUGGAAAAUAAAUUAACCGUCCGUCACUAAUUUAAACGCUGUUAUAUAUUAACAUACACGAGGAUGUUUUGACAUUAAUUUUGUAUAUGGGAAGCCAAAAAAUAAAUUCUCCUUCGUUGGUGACGAGAGUAUUUGCUUUCUAACAGAAAUUUCUUUGUUUCACUAUGAACAGUUAUAAAGGCGAGGCAAAUGACUAUAUUUCUUUAUGACAUGUGUAUUCGUCGCCAAAAAAUAAAAGCUCGAUGUCUACUGCAUUUGUAUCUUUUUUUUUAACUAUAUUAAGUAGCAUUCCUAUGUUGACUUCCGGACAUCCAGCUUAUUAUAAUGGCAAACUAUGAGGAGACAGCUUUCACCAAUCAUUAACACUGACCUAAACGUUCUGAAAAGGAUGUGUUUGUAGGAAUUCGUAGUGACUUAUCUCUUUGUUGAAAAAAUUCUUGGCACGAGGUUGACCUUCACUCAACCCAGAUGUGGAACCACAUAUUCAAAAAGUUAUAGCACACCCAUCUCACUAUGGAAAGGAGCUAAAAAAGGAAUGGAGUAGUCGGAUUUAUUCUAAAUUUGGAUGUAUUCCUGUUCUUGCAUGUAUCCAUGACUUUGACUUUUUCCACUAUGUACUUUUUUUCAAUCUGUGUACUUCUCUGCGAAUGUGAAGUUCUGUAAGGUCAACCUCAGUCUCACUAGCUCUUAUCUUUGUCUUGGCAGAGCGCUCAUGUUCUAAGGACGAUGCCGUCUGA